AACUGAUAUUUCGAAUGCAAUCCAGUCCUAUCAUACGCAAAGAACGCCCUUGAAUACGACAAACCAGACGUCUUCGAGAACCGUAAAUUGCAGGGUUGUAGAGAUGCUUGUUCAUGUGCUCAUCCUCGAUCAACGUCAGAAAAGCCCUGCCGUCCUGUGGUGACUGGCAGGCAAGUCUGCAGUUUGCAUGGCAUAUGCAAGUGUCUAUCGCCGGCCGCGUCCACCAAUUAAACUAUUCUUACCACCGCCACCAUUACUACCACCACAGUCAUAUACAUUGCAUACCGAGGUAGGUACCUACUUAAGAACGCCCUGCGUAUGUACCGUUGGGUAGACGAUUUACAUGGAGAAAAGAUGUUCCUUGCUCUUCGCCAUCGAGACGUCUGAGUGACUCAAGACUUUGUUUGAUAUCUAUUUGUAGUUAUUCCAUACUAUCCAAACCGACUCUAAAUCCUAGUCCGGUUCCUUGAUUUACGAGGCUGAGCAGUCUUUCUGGCUUCUCAAUCGUCUCCGAACCAUGCGGGAAAGUGCCUCUGGAGUGCCCCCGGUAUCCGAACACGUAUCCCGGUUGGACCAUGGUGAGCCGUCGCCGUUACUCACCGCGUGUGUCUUCGGCCUGCAAGGCCUGUUGGACUUAACUUUAUCUCAUCUAGACAAGAUCAAUCUAGAGCAACUAAGUGACACUGGUCAUACCCCUCUUUACCUCGCAUGUACCUUUGGACAUAGCACCAUCGCGUCGAGACUCAUCGAGCAUGGGGCUGACGCUAACGCCAUCUGCGGAAAUUAUGGUAACCCAUUGCAGGCUGCGUGCUUCCGAGGACAUACUGAUGUUGUCAAGAUUCUCCUGAAACACGGUGUUUCACCGCGGGCUUCUACCGCAACUUUCAAAAAUGGUCUGCAUGCGGCAUGCGAGGGAUCUCGAGCAGAUAUAGCAGACCUUCUCAUCAAGACGAACUCAGUCAUUGAAACUGGAGAAGACUACGAAGACGCGCUCCAAACCACUGCCGAGGCGGGCUUCCUGGAUGCUGUUGAGUACUUGAUGAAGCCCGAUGUAGUUAGGAAAUUUGGGCGUGACACCAGAAAGAAAGAACGGGGAUACGCGCUCACCCUCGGGACUAUCAAAAAGGGUCGAGUUGGCAUUCUUCAAUCUCUCCUACAGUCUGACCCAGGAAUGGCCGGGAAUCUUCCCAAAGACGCAAUGGCAAUCGCAGCCCUGUACGGGCAUGUAGAUAUGCUUGGUCUCCUUCACGAUCUUGGAAUAGACAUCGAGGCAGAGGGAAAAUUUGGGUCCCCAUUGAGAAGCGCAAGCCUACAGGGGAAUACGAGUGCCGUCCGAAAGCUUCUUAGUCUAGGCGCUAGCACUACAGGAAGAGGCUCAAGAGGCGAUUCUCUACAAGCAGCUGCUGGCAAGGGUUACACCCACAUUAUGCGGCUGCUCAUCUCUCAUAAAGCAGAUGUCAACCAACCGGGCAAGCCUUGUGGGAACCCCAUACAGGCGGCUUCUUACCACGGUCACGAGGAAGUCGUCAAGCUACUCAUUGAAGAGGGUGCUGAUAUUUACUGCAGGAGCAGCAAAUUCAUGCACGCACUUCAUGCAGCAGUGCGAGGCGGCCAUCAGGAGAUCGCCUUAUUCUUGCAACAUAAUUACCCACCUCGCCCCGGAGAAAUUAUUAGAGUAGUAUCACGCGGUGGACGCCGCAAGCGAUUUGGGUAUUCUAAAACUAAGAUACCGAAUCCCAUGGAUGAGAGGAACCGUGAACUCGGUAGUCCCCACCCAGAAGACACCGAUGAUGAGGAUGUUAGCAGCGACGAGGAGUCAGAGAGUUCAAACGAAUCGGAGUCCGAUGAUGGUUACUAUGAAACCAGACACGCUUUUGUGCUUGCGGCAGGUAUCGGGGAUAUUUCAACAAUUCGCCAAGAAUUACGGCGCCCGGAUUUGACCGAGGAAGACAUCAGAGAAGCUCUUUCGAGUGCCGCAAGUAAGGGAAGUCAUCAGGCUACUACAGUGCUCCUAGAAGAAGGGCUGAGGCACACUUUGUGCCCACGGGAGUUGACAGAAGAGGCGCUUGUCGCUGCUGCGAAGCACAAGCAACAAGAGUGUUUCCAAAUUUUGGCAGAAUCACUCAGUUGCACCGUAUUCGUAACGACUUGGGCUGCUUCUCUUAAAGCUGCGGCCGAAGUUGGGGAGCAGAGUAUUGCAGCACAAAUACUUGAUUUUGCGACGCUUGCAGACGAUCAUUAUUUGUCUUCUAGAAACAGAUAUGCCAAAUCUGUUCCAGCAAAUACCGUACGGAUCUGCAGAGAUGCAAUCGAGGCUGCUUACUCUUCUAAGCACCACCAAGUUGCAAAUCUAACCUGGCAUUGGGUUCUCUCAAGAGGACCCGAACUUCUAGGGUCGUGCUCUGAUGAAUGGGCUAAUUUGUGUGCUACCGCAGCACGGUUUGCUGACGCCUCGACUCUUGAGACCUGCCUUGAACUUGAAGAGAUGGGUCCAGACUACGCAAACAGACCACGAUCUUCCCGGAAGGAGGAACUGCUCUUGAAUGCCGUACAGUGUCAGAAUCUUUGUACAUUCCGCGCCCUCCUGAAGAUCAUCGAGCAGGAGACUCAUGUUACCAGAGACAUUAUCCCUUCGUUUAUGGAAGCUUGCCGGCAGGGAUUCAAUGAAGGGGCGCUGCAGCUGUUAAGUUCCAACAAGUUUGUUCUCAAGGCCACCGAGAUUGCCCAGGGAAUAGUUGCAGCAUCGACCUUCGGUCAUGCAGAACUAGUACUCGAACUGCUCAGGAGCUUAGAAUGUUCUGCAAGUGACAUAUCAAUUAUCGAUGAGGCGGUCACAGAUACGUUGCUCAGUGCGGCUAGAGCCGGGAAAUCAGGGGUAUUCCAGCACAUCCUCGACAAUACAGAGAUACGGGAUCACCGAGACUUUGACACUUUGAUUACCCGCGCUCUAGUCACGGCAUGCGAGUGGGGACACAAAGACAUGGUAGAAUUAUGCCUCCAUGAGGGUGCUGAUGUCGAGAUGAAUGUUCCAAAAGCCCCCACAAACGUAGGAUCGGGUCUUGAAAGCGAAGAGCACGAUACUAAUUCCGAUGAUUGGGAAGAAUGCGAUAUCAAUUCUGAAGAUUCGAACGCCACCUCCCUCAAGAACUACACUCAAAACAAAAGUGCAUUACAGGCGAGCGUCGAGGCAUUCUCUCGUAUAUGUGAACGCCGAAGGAUGCCUGGGUCUAACACCCAGUCUGCCACAGCAGAAGCUGGGGAGAGACCGCAGACUGAGAUAGUUCGCCUUAUACUCGACCAUAUGCCGGAUUUAAGCAGGUAUAGUACUAGACAUACUACUCACCCAUUGCAAAUAGCGGUCCAGUCAGGCGCUAUCCAAGCUGUUGAACUCUUGCUUGAACAUGGCGCCGCAAACGGAUUCAGUCCGGGACAGCUUACAGACCUCGUGCUGCUAGUAUCGAACUGGAGAACAUAUAGUGCGUUUCGCAUCAUCGUGCAACUUCUCAAUUGCGAUCAUGAAGCAUUGCCCCCAACGACUGAAGACGGCUUUCUCCAUCGUGGCAUGCUGCGGAAUCUUGGGAUGGCUCUCGAUCCAGCGAUGGGUGACACAGUACUCUUCAGGAGAUUUUAUAUACCAAAGAAGGUUGCUCAAGGUCUGAUGGAAGAUGGACUGAGAGAGUUCAUGCAGAUCAUAUUUCGCAGGUUGCCCCAUCAAAUGGCAAGGGGGAAAUUCUUUGGGAUAAUCCUUCAUGUGGCAGCGGCAGCUGGUGAUUUAUUAAUUGUGAGGCAGCUGAUGCAACGCAACGUCAAUGUGCACCAGGACCUAUAUAGGCGGAUGCCUCUUGAUACUGCUGCCUGGAAUGGUCAAAUCCAUGUCAUGAAGGCGCUCACAAGAGUGAGAAUCAAUAAGGUUCGUUUCCGUAAAAGUCGAAUCAUACAUUCAAUCCAUAAGGAUCAGGAACCAGCUUUUGCAGCUAUUCUGAACGGCCAGAUCUUGGUUUUAAAGCUGCUGCUCGACAGCGGCGUCGAUCUCAAACUAAUCCCCGACGUCCUCGUUCUUGCUGUUGAGAGCCAGGCUCUAGCGAUGCUGAAAUUUCUGCUGCAAGCUGGCGCGGAUCCAAACGCAGAGCCUCUUGCCUUGAUUACUGCCGCGCAUGACGGCCGAUUGGAUAUGGUGACCUCUCUUCUCGGCGCUGGUGCAGACGCAAAUGCCCUGGCCAUUUACGGAUCCCGAACGCAUGAGGUUGGUACUGUCUGUAGCCCUUUAUAUUUGGCAUGCAGGGAAGGUCAUACUGAAGUCGUUCGAAAACUUCUAGGAGGCGGUGCUCAUGCUGCUCUUGAUGUUGGCGAUUGGGAUGGUCUUCCUCUUGUUGCUGCUGCCCGCCGAGGACACUUAGCCAUAGUCGAGGCCCUCCUCGAAAGCGGUUGUAAUCCUACUCAUUCAGGUGCAGGCUUCAGGGCCGUUGGCAGACAACGGUUUCGUGAAACACUGGGUGUGUCUGACCACAAGUUAUCAGCCGGCCGACCUCGACCUUGGUGGGAUUUUGCAUUUAUUAUUCGAAGCUACCCAGCCACCAACUCGGUAGCAAAGAGCUAUUCCCGCCUCAACGCUAUCGAGGGCGCUUAUCUUAGUCAGAAGGGGUUUCAACCAAGCCCACGAAUGCUCCGGGUCCUUCUCAAGGCGGUUGGUGAUCCAGACGAAAGGAAAGGCACCUGCUUGGAAGCGAUGAAACACAUCUCCGAGGCCCAGCACAGCCGUGUCUUCGAAGAACUUUUGGAAUACGUGCCAUUAGACUCUAACACGCUUGACCUUUCUUGCCGGUGCGGCUCGCUGAAGGCUGUGCGGAAGAUUCUGGACCACGGUUUAAGCGUGAAUGUGACGAAUGCAGACGGAGAAACGAUGCUGCAAGUGGCCAUUGACUACGGCCAUUCGGAGUUGAUACAGUUUUUGCUAGCCAACGGAGCGAAUUUGAAUUCUCCAGAAGACGAAGGUCGGCCACUCAACCUUUACCGUCUAGUAGCCUCCGUUAUUGAAUCCUAUGCAUUCUCCACGCGAGCGAAGCACAAGAGUAUUACAAGAUGCGAGGAUAUGGUUCUGAAGCUCCUGAGGAUUGCCCAUGACCCCCAAAUGGUCUUCAGAGCAGACCAAGAGUUCUUGAACAGAUCUCUCAUUCUUGCGUGUCACGUUGGAAGUGUCGAAAUGGCAACCGGUCUACUCAAACUUGGCGCUGAACUUGACAGCUUGUCUUAUCUUCCCCAGCAUUCCCCAGCCUAUCGUCCUUCACCAUUGUUCGCCGCUAUUGAAAGUAACCACCCGAGCACCUUGUCGUUGCUCUUAUUGUGGGGUCACGAUGCCGAGAAUGGUACCGGGACGAUUUCCUCCUUGGACGCAGAAUUUAAAGCUUGCAUAAGCAAGGCAAGUCCAGUCCUAUUACAAACUUUUCUGAGAUGUGCCGUUACGCUUGAAAUUUCCCAGGAACAUCUUGUGCUCGCGGCGCAGAAGAUUAGAUGGAGAGGAGGCGUUAGAGAGACCGGUCUACAAAUUAUUCUCCAGCAUCGGCCAGAUUUAACGCCAUCCGAAGAAGUGCUUGUAACUUUGCUACGCACCGGGGCACCAUCUGAUGUAUGGGAGAAACGGUCAAUGCUCCAUCUCUACAAAUUGGUGCUGAAGCGAAGUGAUUGUGGUAUCACCACAAGGAUGCUUCAAACGAUGUCUGACAGAGCCACAUGGGAAGCCAUAUUCGAAUACCAUCAAGGCCUCCAAAUGUUUGAUGAACUAGAGGCAGCCCUACAGCGUGUAGAGGAAUCGGAACGCGGACAGUUGCGAAUUUGAUCAAGCGAGGGAAUUCAAGGCCAUGGCGUGGUAGUGGGAAAGCCUAGGUAGCCAUUCGAAUUAUAGUAAUAACAUGCUUCACGAUUGGUUCUAGAAACAUCA